AUGGGCUCGCGGCGCCGGGCGCUGUCCGUGGUGCCGGCUGUUCUGCUGGUCCUCACUCUGCCAGGACUGCCCGUCUGGGCGCAGAACGACACUGAGCCCAUCGUGCUGGAAGGCAAGUGCCUAGUGGUGUGCGACUCAAACCCGGCCACAGACUCCAAAGGCUCCUCUUCCUCUCCUCUGGGGAUAUCAGUACGGGCGGCCAACUCCAAGGUCGCCUUCUCAGCGGUGCGGAGCACCAACCACGAGCCAUCCGAGAUGAGCAACAAGACGCGCAUCAUUUACUUCGAUCAGAUCCUAGUAAAUGUGGGUAAUUUUUUCACGUUGGAGUCUGUCUUUGUAGCACCAAGAAAAGGAAUUUACAGUUUCAGUUUUCAUGUAAUUAAAGUCUACCAGAGCCAAACAAUUCAGGUUAACCUGAUGUUAAACGGAAAACCAGUAAUAUCUGCCUUUGCUGGGGACAAAGACGUUACUCGUGAAGCCGCCACUAAUGGGGUCCUACUCUACCUGGAUAAAGAGGAUAAGGUUUAUUUAAAACUGGAGAAAGGUAAUUUGGUUGGAGGCUGGCAGUAUUCCACGUUCUCUGGCUUUCUGGUGUUCCCCCUAUAG